CAGGGCCCCUCGCCGGACCUCGAUCGGGCCGCAAUCUUGACACUGUAGACCGAGCCGUCCCUCAGUUCGUCGACGACGCGCUCGGUCCCCCGAAUGUCGCGCACCUGUAUCAUCUCCCCGUUGACGUCGUCCUCGAGCACCAGACUGCGCGAGCAAACCUUCAAGGAGUACAGCGCGAUAUUGGAGAAGCACAGAAAGGAGUUUGAAUCGCGGUGGAAGGUGAACAACAACCGCGCCCCUAGCGGUGGGAGUAAGGCCGAGCUGGGGGAGUUCGAGAGGAUCAAGACCCUUGGCACGGGGGCCUUCGGCAGGGUCAUGCUGGUCAGGCACAAGCAGAACUCGGGCCACUUCGCCAUGAAGAUCUUGGAAAAGAAGGAACUCGUCAGGACGAAACAGGUCGAGCACACUUACAACGAGAGGCGGAUCCUCCAGAGCAUACGAUUCCCGUUCGUCGUCCACCUCGAGCACUGCUUCAAGGACAACUCGUACAUAUACAUGGUCCUGCCGUUCGUCAACGGGGGCGAGAUGUUCACGCACCUCCGGAAACUCGGGAAAUUCGACGAGAACCUGUCGCGCUUCUACGCCGCCCAGGUGGCCCUCGUGCUCGAGUACCUGCACAAGUGCAGCCUCGUCUACAGGGACCUCAAACCCGAGAACAUACUCAUCGACAACGAGGGCUACGUCCGCGUGACCGACUUUGGCUUCAGCAAGAUGAUCGAGAACAGGACGUGGACGUUGUGCGGGACGCCGGAGUACCUGGCGCCGGAGAUCAUACUGUCGCGGGGGUACAGCCGGAGCGUCGACUGGUGGAGCUUCGGGGUCCUCAUUUACGAGAUGAACGCCGGCUACUCGCCCUUUUACUCGCAGGAGCCGGUCAAGAUCUACGAGAAGAUCACUUCGGGCAAGUACCGGUGUCCGGGUUUCUUCAGGGAGGACCUGCGCGACCUGAUAAAGCACCUGCUCGAGGUCGACCUGACGAGGCGCUACGGGAACCUCAAGGCCGGCCCGGAGGACGUCAAGAAGCACAAGUGGUUCCAAAAGACCGAUUGGCUGGGAAUCUACAACAGGGAGGUCGUGCCGGGUUUCGUGCCGGCUUGCAGCAGCCCCGGGGACUACAGUAACUUUGACUCGUACGACGAGCAAGAGCUCAAGGUCAACAGUCACGACCGAUUUGCCGAGGAGUUUAAGAAUUUUUGA